AUGGGAGACGGCGAAAACCCAGAUACCAGUAAAGACAUGCUUGAUUUGCACCCAGAUGAUGACAUUUCUGAUGUCUUGUCGGAAAUGGAUGCGGGCGAGGAAAUGCGGCUACUUGAGGAGAAUCCGCCUUCACCGCAGCCUGGCUCUCCAGUUCCAGCAGAAGGACUUUCAAGCGACGACGAAUUAAUGGCGGGUGACGAUGUCCUCGACAAUGAAGCGCAAGAAUUGCAGGAAAAUCGGGAUGAAAUGGCGACGCCUCCGCUCUUGGACAAUCCUGAAAGCUCCAUGCAGCCCCCACGAGCUUCAGAAAUUCCAAAUGAGUCCAAUCAUCCUGAUCAACCGGCAAACAUGCUCAGCGAUGGAGAACUUAGCUCCGAAGAAGAAUUGCCAAGCAACAAUCCUGUUGAGUCCUCUUCUGGAUCGAAGAUCGUUGGAACUAUCGAUCUUCUUUCCGACAGCCAGACAGAUUCUUCCUUCCCCUGGCCAGCGGCCACUACUUCAAACAAAAAGCCGAACGAGAAUUCGACCGGCAACUCCAACGACCAGUCCCAUGAUAGCGACGACGGAAUGACUGAGGUCGUCAAUUUUCCCAUCUCCACCCCGAUGGAAGCGACAACAAGCAUGAAUCGAGAUGCCUAUCGACCCUCGAACGCGCGAGAGAACCUCGUGGAGCGAGUGGAGUAUGAGGAGCGGGAAUCCCGGGUGAAGACAGAGCCGAUGUCUCAGGAUGACCAGGCAAUGGCAGCUUUGAACGAGCACGAGAAGCUGCGCAAGUGCCGAAAACUCCUCCAUCGGAUCGAAGGUGUCCAGAACUUUGGUAACUUUCAGUACUCGCAAGAGAAUCUCCGCUACGUCGGGCUCAUCCGUGACCGCUACGAAGAUCAAGAUCGCGUCAAGAAGGUGUACGACAAAGAAGUUGACUAUCUGAAAACAGCGGUCAAAGAAAAGUUUGAGGAGCAGAUCCAGAAGCUUAAAUUGAUGCGAGAUCUGGAAAUCAAGAAGUUGGAUCAAAAGAAAGACCUUGCUCUCACUCAACUUCUUCACUCUUCUGGCCCGCUGGAAGCCUUCCACGCCCUUGACGAAGUUUUAAAUCAGCAGAAGGAACUUUGCGAAGAUGCGGAACGAGAUCCGCUCAAACUUGAUGAAUUGAUGGGCAAGUACCAUUCCAUGAAAAAGUCGAUCGAUGAUAGUCGAACAAAAUACGUGGAGGGCGCUGGCUUGCUGCAGCGAAAGCUCACGGAAGUGGCGCAAGCAAAAGUGGUUCAGUCCAACAAAAUCGUUAUCGACGAGAAGGAGCCUCUUUUCGUCGUAGAGUACCCAACAGCUUCUAAGAAGCGCCGAAGCGAGGGAUUCAGCCGAGAAGAUUUCCAAGUUGUCAUCAACCUGGAUUCCGAUGAAGAGCCAAGCUCAACUGAUGCAGUUUCCUCCGGCACGAUGCCUUUUCGACAGAACAAGCGGCCUCGAUUGGGCGCUAGAACCAACACCUGGACCCACAUGGAUCGACAGCAAGAGAUUGAGAAGAAACAAUCGAGAUCCAGAUCUCGCGGAAACCGAAACGCUCGAAGAGGUCACACGAUGACCCACGACGCAUCUACUGAUGAGCAGGAGGAACCAUGUCGACGAAAAGUGACUCUCAACAGAAACUUCCUCGAUCGACUGGCGUCCGAUUUCAUGACGAUCGAGCCACAGAUCGAGAGCGCUCUCCCAUUCGCAAACGAAGAAACUCCGCAGAAGAACACCCUUCUCCACGAAGCAGCAGAUCACGACAUCGAUCUGGUCGCUCGUCUCGGGCUUUUGGUCGAUCAGGAGGAGAUCCGGAACCAGCUCAUCUUGAUUCCAAGGAUGCAGUAA